UGGGGCUGAGGUGCAGUCCGGAGCUGAGCUUCCACGGGUUACAGCCGGCAUUUCCCAGAAGCACCAGCAGCUUUGGUGUGCUGACAUCCAAGAAAAGGUGUGUCUCCUUCCUCAGGAUCAGAUACUGGCCCAAGCACACAGAGGUUUCCACUCACGGGGUGCACGGAAUGCUUUUUCUCCUUCUGUCAUUCCUGUUGCUCCCAGCAUCCUCCACAGAUCCUGAGGUUUCACAGCCACCCAUCCCUGUUUUUCCAAGUUAAUGAUUGAAACCGGUUGGAUUUCUGAGGCGCUGGCACCCAGGCUGCAGGCGGCAGGCCAAGGAUGCUUGCCCUCUGGGAUUAAUCAUUCUCCCAGCUGCUGACACUGCCUCCAUAAAAAUGCUGGGAUGGGAUUCCCAGUGCUGCUUCCCAGCAGGAGGAGAGGAGCCAGCUCCAGCAUGAGGGCAGCUCUGGCCGUGCUGCUGCUCUUGGCUGCUGCACACGCGCUACACCGAGGGAAGGCUUAUGUCUGGGAGAAGGUCUGCCAGGAGUACAGGAUGCUGGGAAAGGAGAACUUCCGAACCCUGACCAUCAUUGCCAACAGCCGGAAAUAUUCCAAUGGCACCUUCGAGGAGAUUGGCCACCUCGUCCGGGAAAUCAUCUCCCUGGCCGAGACGUGCUGCACCGACGGGGCCGACCCCUCCUGCUACGAUGCCGGGUCCACGGCGCUGUCGGUGAAGUCCUGCAGUGCGGACUCGCCCUUCCCGGCGCACCCCGGCACGGCCGCGUGCUGCGCCCAUGAGGGGCUGGAGCGGAAGCUGUGCCUGGCUGCCCUGCGGCACCCGCCGCAGCCGCUGCCCCGCUACCUGCAGCCCUCCGACAAGGAGCUCUGCCAGGCCUUCCGGGAGGACCCCAGGGAAUUCGCGGAUAGGUUUCUUUAUGAGUACUCCAGCAGCUACAGCCAGGCUCCCCUGCCUGUGCUCCUGGCUUCCACCACGACCUUCCUCUCCAUGGUCUCCACCUGCUGCAUCUCCCCUGCACCCACUCCCUGCUUCCUGAAGGAGAAACUGGAGAGGAAAACCCUCUCCCUGCUCACCCUGACAUCAAACCGGAUUUGCUCGCGCUUCUCAGCAUACGGGAAGGACAAAGUCAGCUUCAGCUACCUGGCCUCGCUGGCUCAGAAGGCUCCCAGUGCUUCCUUCGAGGACCUUCUCCCGCUGGCCCAAGACGCUGCUGAGGUGUCUUCGCAGUGCUGUGACUCGCUGGCCGAGGACUGCAUGCAGAAGAAGCUAUUGGAGCACACAGCCAAAGUCUGCGCCACGCUGUCGGCCCAUGAUGGGCGCUUCGUUGACUGCUGCACGGGGAAAAACCUGAUGGAAAACCAUUUCUGCAUCCUGGCCAUGCCCCCAGCGCCGGCCCCCAAGCUGCCAGAGGCGUCUGAGCCGACCAACAAGGAGCUGUGUGGCAAGGACGGGGCUCUGCAUGCCACCAGGUCCCUGUUUGAGCUGGCACGGAGGCACCCCAGCCUCCCUGACGCCGUCCUCGCCAAGCUCUAUGACUCCUCCGGGAAACUUCGGGAGGAAUGCUGCUCCACCAAGGACCCCUCCGCCUGCUUGGACAGCAAGGUGAGUGCUGUGGGAGCUCUGGCGGCUCAUCCUGUCCCCCCCCCUCCCAGUGCCACCCAAAUCCCCACAGAGGCUUUUCCCAGCCUGGUAACUCCCACCCUCUGCCUGCAGCGCAAGCGGAUGGAAGCAGAGCUAGUCCCCCUCCUGGAAAAGGCCAGCCAGCUCUGCGAGCAGUACAACAAGCUGCCCUUCCUUGAGUUCAAGAAGAGGCUGCGGGAGAGCCUGGGGCAGGCCGAGCCCGGGGCCAGCCCGGCGCACCUGGAGCAGCUCCUGGAGCAGCGAGCGGCCUUCGCCUCCACCUGCUGCCUCCCGGACGCUCCCCCGCUCCUCUGCGCUUCCAAGGUGAGCUCGGGGCUGGGAGAAGCGUGUCAGGAGGAGUCCUGCCUGCUGGGAUAGGGGCCCGGCGCCGGCCCGGGAUCGCUUCUCCAGGCGUGCACGGAGGGAGGGGACCACGAGGCUGAGCUCUGUGAACACGCAGGAAC